AUGUGGCAGGUCAAGCCCGAUCAAGUCCUUAUUCUGGAAGCUGAUGAUGGGCGUAUCCAAAAUGGCUGGUACUUCCGUUGUGACUUGGGAGACAUAAGUUACUUGAGCGAUCUUUCUCUUGCGCUCCUUGGUGGUCAGCCCGACUCUUGGGAGUCAGCUAGAAUGGUGUUGACUCGAAUGACCUUUUGGGGAGGUUCCUUGGCAGCUGCAUCACGAUCCUCGAUCUGCUGGAUGGCCUUCUUUGCAACGAACUCUGACUUUCGACUUCCUCUGGAGCAAAACAUAAUCAAAUGGACGAAUUUUGGAGUAAUUCCAGUUGGAGGACGAGCAGUGCACUGUGCUGGAAUAGUGACGUUUUGGGCUUGUAUUGCGUUUUUGGAGCCCAAGAUGACCUCGGAUGGAUCACAGCAAGGCAGUGCAGAUUACAAUCUGUGCAUGGUCAGCACACGUUCAGCAGUUCAGCAAUUGUUUCCGUUUGAUCCAGAACCUGAGCAAUCUUUAAGGAGGAGACACAGGGAGCAAAAUUUGCUGCGGGUUCCUUCACUGCAAGGGACUUUUCUGCAGUCUUUAUAUUCUGAGGACCUGCACAGUACAGAAACAAUGGCUUUUGUUAUUCCAGAGGCUGGUGAUCCUUUGGGUAAUUCUUUAACAGCUCAUGCCACUAACAUACCAGGUUGCAUUACAUAUCCAGCAGUGGAAGAAGGGUCUACAUUCGAAAUCAAGCAUCACAUGUUGAGUAUUCUACCUACAUUUCAUGGGUUAUCAACCGAUGAUCCUAACAUGCACAUUGCAGAAUUUUUAAUGGGAUGCAAGAAUAUUUUGGUGAAAGGAUUCUCAGCUGAAUCUAUUAAGCUUCGUCUAUUUCCUUACACAUUGAAAGAUCAAGCAAGGAGAUGGCUCCUCACACUUCCAUCUGGAAGCAUUAGCACUUGGAACCAACUCAGUGAAAAAUUCUUAAACAAAUAUUAUCCAGCUUCAAAGACUCUCGACAUGAGAACUCAAAUUUUAUCUUUUGCCCAAAAACCAAAUGAAGAGUUUCAUGAGGCGUGGGAACGGUUUAAAGAGUUGAAUAGAAAAUGUCCACAUUCUAGUAUUAGCAGUACGGAUCAAGUGCAUAUAUUUUUCAGAGGGUUAAAUAUGACAACAAAAACUCUUGUCAACGCUUCAUGCGGAGGAUCAUACAGGAUAAAAAUGCACAAGAGGCUUGUUUAUUAUUUGAAAAAAUGGCAGCAGAUACACAGCAAUGGGCAGUUGAGCAGCCACAAUCAAGGUUGCUGUACAGCAACCUUACCAGCUGCCUGUAGCAUUUGCAAUGUGGCAACCCAUGAUUUUUUGAGCUGUCCGCAUAAAGAUGCUUAUCCGGAAUUUGCAGCGGAACAAGUUAAUGCAUUUAAUAAUUUUCAGCGUCCACGAUAUGACCCGUAUUCAAAUGUUUACAACCCGGGUUGGAGAGAUCAUCCUAAUUUUAAGUGGGACAGAGAUCAGCCUGCAAGGCCACAAUUUCAACAACAGGUACAGCAAACUGCUGCGCCUAAGGCUGCUUGGGAGGUUGCAAUUGAAAAAUUAGCAAAUGCCACCAGUCAAGAAUUCCAAAAUCUGCAGGCAACAGUGAAAAACAUAGAAAAACAAAUGGGGCAGAUUGCAUUCCAAGUUUCAGAAAGAGCACCAGGUACAUUUCCUAGCCAAACGGAACAUAAUCCAAGGGGAGGCGCAGAUUGUAAGGCAGUUCGAGUUCUACGUUCGGGUAAAAGUUAUGACAAUAGAGGUGAAAUUUGUGUUGGAAAUUCGCAGGCAGCAUCACAGCCACAAACAGAUUCAGGAAAUUUUGCAGAAUCUGAUAUUGUUACAGAUUCUACAGAGUCUAUGGGCAGAUCUGAAAACAGUGCAAAAAUUGCUGCAGAAACUGCAGAACGUGUUUAUGUGCCUCCAAUGCCUUAUCCCGAAAGGUUGAAGCCCAAAGUUAAAGAUCAACAGUUGACAGAUUUUAUGAAGACGUUGGCCAAAGUUCAGAUCAAUCUCCCAUUGAUUGAUGCAAUUAAGAACAUUCCAUCUUAUGCCAAGUUUUUAAAGGAUGUUUGCACAAAGAAAAAGAAGCUCGUGGAUUUUGAAAAAGUUAUUCUUACAGAACAGUGCAGCGCAGUUUUAUUACACAAACUGCCUCCAAAGAAACAAGACCCAGGGAGUUUUACAAUUUCAUGCACAAUUGGAAAUUCUAAUUUUAAACGUGCUUUAAUUGAUUUGGGUGCCAGUAUUAAUUUAAUGCCUUUUUCUGUUUUUCAGAGACUAGGACAAGGAGAAAUCAAGCCUACAUCAGUUAUUCUACAACUGGCGGACCGUUCAGUUGCUUACCCUAGGGGAAUUAUUGAAGACCUCAUUAUUAAAGUGGAUAAUCUCUACCUUCCUGCAGAUUUUGUGGUCUUGGAUAUGGAUGAAGAUAUGCAAACACCGAUUAUUUUGGGGCGUCCAUUCAUGGCUACUGCUCGAACCUUAAUUGAUGUUGAGGCUGGAACACUUACACUUAGAGUGCAAGAUCAGUCCGUUGUUUUCAGUUUAUUCGAAAUAACCAAAAGGCCAACUGAUGUGCAAGAUUGUAUGCGUGUUGACAUGUUAGACAGCUUAAUGCAUGCUGAAAUUAUGCCCCGUUUGACAUCAGAUCCAUUGUUAAAGGUGUUGCAUGGGUUGGAGAAUAGAAACACUGAAGAUGAAGAGGUUUUUGAGUAUGUUUCAGCUUUGGAAAGUGUUCCUUUUCUACACCCCCGUUGGAGGCACGUUUUUGAGAGUUUAGGGGAACCGAAAAAACCAUUGCAGCCCUCUAAAGUACAGCCACCUAAACUGGACUUAAAAGUACUGCCAGGACACUUGAAAUACGCUUAUCUGGGUGCAAAUUCUUCGCUGCCAGUUAUUAUAGCUGCUGACUUAUCAUCAACAGAAGAAGAAAAAUUGCUGCGUAUUUUAAGAAAUUAUCAAGAUGCAAUCGGUUGGACUAUAGCAGACAUUAAAGGGAUCAGCCCUACAAUUUGCAUGCACCGAAUUCUGAUGGAAGAUGGAGUAAAGCCCACCAUUGAUGCUCAACGUCAUAGUAAGUGGGUUAGUGCAACUCAAGUGGUGCCCAAGCGUUCUGGAAUUACAGUUGUGAAGAAUGACAAUAAUGAACUUGUGCCUACACGUUUGACUACUGGGUGGCGUAUGUGUGUUGAUUACAGAAAGAUCAAUACGGGCACUAGAAAGGAUCAUUUUCCAUUGCCUUUCACUGAUCAAAUGUUGGAAAGGUUGGCUGGUCGUGCGUUCUAUUGUUUCUUGGAUGGAUAUUCAGGGUACAACCAGAUUCCAGUUGCACCUGAAGAUCAAGAGAAGACAACCUUUACAUGUCCUUUUGGGACUUUUGCAUAUCGAAGAAUGCCCUUUGGUUUGUGCAAUGCUCCUGCAACGUUUCAACGAUGCAUGAUGAGCAUAUUUUCCGGAUUGGUUGAACAGGUAGUUGAAGUGUUUAUGGAUGACUUUUCUGUUUUUGGGGAUUCUUUUGAUGAAUGUUUGAACAAUUUAUCCUUAGUUCUUGACAGAUGCAUUAAGACAAACCUUGUUUUAAAUUGGGAAAAGUGUCAUUUCAUGGUUAAGCAGGGGAUUGUCCUAGGCCACUUGAUUUCUAACAGGGGUAUUGAGGUUGAUAAGGCCAAAAUUGAUGUAAUUGCAAAGCUGCCACCACCGACAGCUGUUAAAAGUGUUCGAUCUUUUCUUGGUCAUGCUGGGUUUUACAGACGGUUUAUCAAGGAUUUCUCCAAGAUUAGCCGACCAUUGUGUAAUUUGUUGGCUAAGGAUGCUCCUUUUGUCUUUGAUGAUGCUUGUUUGGAGGCUUUCAACAAGUUAAAGACACUCCUCACUACAGCACCCAUUAUUGCAGCACCUAAUUGGAGUUUACCUUUCGAAUUGAUGUGUGAUGCUUCAGAUUACGCAGUAGGAGCGGUUCUUGGACAGCGGAAAGAUAAGCUUCCCCAAGUCAUUCAUUAUGCUAGUCGAACUCUCAAUGACGCACAGCUAAACUAUGCGACCACAGAGAAGGAAUUGUUGGCAGUUGUUUUUGCAUUAGAAAAAUUUCGGUCUUACUUAGUUGGGGCUAAGGUGAUUGUUUACACAGAUCAUGCAGCUUUGAAGUAUUUGUUGUCGAAGAAAGACGCUAAGCCUCGAUUAAUUCGUUGGAUUCUUUUACUGCAAGAGUUUGACUUAGAAAUCAGGGAUAAGAAGGGUAGUGAAAAUGUUGUGGCUGAUCAUUUGUCCAGGUUGAUUGUGCCAAUUUCUGCUGAAGAUGACUUGCUGCCUUUAAAUGAAAGUUUUCCGGAUGAACAGCUGUUUGCUGCCCAUAUCAUUUCACCAUGGUUUGCUGAUUUAGUUAAUUAUUUGGCUAGAGGGGUACUUCAUCCAGAUUUUACUUUCCAGCAGAAAAAGAAAUUUUUGGCAGAAGCAAAGUAUUAUUUUUGGGAUGAACCAUAUUUAUACAAAUAUUGUUCCGACCAAGUUAUUCGCAGGUGUAUUCCAGAAGAAGAGCAUGAAAGUGUUUUAAAGUUUGCACAUCAGUAUGCUUGUGGGGGACAUUUUGGCCCUAAACGGACAGCAGCUAAAAUUUUGCAGAGUGGAUUGUUUUGGCCUACUCUCUUCAGGGAUGCUAAUAGUUGGUGUAGAUCUUGUGAUCGUUGUCAAAGGGUGGGUAAUCAGUCCAAAAGAAACGAAAUGCCACAACAAAGUAUAUUAGUCGUUGAAUUGUUUGAUGUUUGGGGUAUUGAUUUCAUGGGACCAUUCCCAAUGUCCCAUGGCAAUCAGUAUAUUUUGGUGGCUGUUGAAUAUGUCUCUAAAUGGGUCGAGGCAAUUGCAGCACCAACCAAUCAAGGAUCAGUUGUUCUGAAAUUCCUCCAGGGGGUAAUUUUUCCACGAUUUGGAACACCGCGUGUCAUUCUAAGUGAUGGGGGUAAGCACUUUGUUAAUAGAUCGUUUGCUACGUUGCUAGCUAAGUAUGGGAUCACCCAUCGUGUUGCUACUCCUUAUCAUCCACAAACAUCAGGACAGGUUGAAGUUUCAAAUAGAGAAAUCAAGCGAAUUCUUGAAAAAACAGUUAGCUCGACUCGAAAAGACUGGAGUUUGAAAUUGAGUGAUGCUCUCUGGGCGUACAGAACAGCAUUUAAAGGCCCAAUUGGGAUGUCCCCAUUUCGGCUGGUUUAUGGUAAGGCUUGUCAUUUACCUAUGGAGCUAGAGCAUAAGGCAUUUUGGGCUAUUAAAGAGUUGAAUUUUUCUUAUGAUUCUGCUGGAGAAAAACGUAAAUUGCAGAUUAAUGAGCUUGAGGAAAUUCGUAAUGAUGCUUAUGAGAGCUCGCGCAUUUACAAAGAAAAAACCAAGGCAUUUCAUGACAAUCAGAUUCUCAGAAAGAAUUUUCAUCCAGGGCAAAAAGUUUUGUUAUUCAGUUCAAGGUUGAAGUUGUUUCCAGGGAAGUUAAAGUCUCGUUGGAAUGGCCCAUAUUUGGUUACUAAGGUUUAUCCUCAUGGGGCGGUUGAUAUUACAAGUGAAAUUAAUGGCAACACAUUCAAAGUGAACGGUCACAGGCUGAAACCAUAUUUGGAGUCACCCUUCGAUAUUGCACGCGAGUCACUGACUCUGAAGGAACCAGUGAUUUGA